AAUAAGCGAACGUUUGAAGUGCAUAAAACAUGUAUUACCACUUGAUUUUAUUGGCUAGUGCAUGUUUCAUUAAAGAAACUGUGGGAAAUAAAUUUAAUGUUUCGUAUGCAGAGUUACAGUUUUGUAAGGAAUACGAUGUGAAAUCAGGUUACAAGUACACAACAUUUUUUCAUAUUGAAUCUCUCAAACCGAAUCGAAACAUACCCGAAACGAGUGACACAAUUUUGAAUUUAAAAAUAUUCGUAUUGGCUGCAAAAGAUGCGCAUAUUCUAUUAUCACCUACCGAUCAAAUAAAAUCGUCGCCCAUUUAUGAAAUUGUAUUGGGUGCGGGUGGAAAUACAUUCAAUGAGAUAAGACGACAGCGACAAAGUCAACCGCUUAAGACAAUGCGAAUGAAAAAUUUUCUAUCGCAAACUGACGUGAUGCCAUUGACGGUUGUCAUUACGAAAUCCGGAAACAUUAGUAUUACAAUCACUGGACAAUCAUCACCGUUUUUAUCGGCAUUUGAUCCGAAUGUGCUCGACAUCAAAUAUAUUAGCUUUAGUACUUGGGGCACAGCUGAAGCAAAGUAUUUUUAUGAUUGUGAGAGUGAUUCAAUUGGAAAUAAAUUGGCACCAAUCAAACAAAAUCUCACGGACAAUCAACGUUUGGAAAAUGACAUUCUCCGCGAGUAUGAUGCAAAUGUUGUGCCCAACGGAUUGGAUACGGUUAUGUUGGAUUUUAAUUUAGUUCAUACAUAUUUUAAUGCAAAAAAAUCAUAUCAAACAUCCCGUGGAAAAUUCCGAGCGAGUUGGAUCGAUGGAAAAUUGGUAUGGGAACCAAGUAAAUACGGUGGAAAAUCACAGAUUUAUCUAUAUAAAAUUCCAGCCUCAGAAAUUGUAUGGACGCCACAGAUUCGUUUACUGAAUGGAAAAGAUGACCAUUUUACAUAUGUACCACUAUCUUAUACUCUGAUGAUUUUUUCAAAUGGAAGCGUUUGGGCCGAAACAAAUGAGAUUAUUUUUUCAACGUGGUGCUUGAAUUCACAUCGAGAUUGGCCAUAUGAAAAAGUGAACUGUAGCAUUCAAAUACAUUUGGAUCAUUUAACAAAUGCCACACUCAUUCCACUAAAUAAUGUAUUUAAUGUUUUACCAAAGAAUUUCGUAUCACAUUUUGACGAAAGCGAAUGGCGUAUAAUUGACACAAAAGCUACAUAUACGCUACAUACAGACGCACCGUAUGUCUUAACAGAAGAUGGCCCAAUCAAAUCGUUAUCUAUUUUGAAAAUUGAUGUUAUUCUUGGACGAAAUAAUUUGUUCUACAAUAAUAUUAUAUCGAUGCCGCUAAUUGGGGCAUAUGUGUUAAUUUUACUGUCAUUUUGGGUGGAUAAAUUUCUGCGCGUUAUGUUGAAUGCAAUAAGUUUAUUUAUUUUGAUGGCAAUGCUCUUGGUACUUGUUGAUCAUGGCCCAACAAAUUAUACACCGACCGUCGUGGUUUAUUACACAAGUUCGAUGUUUGUGGUGUGGGCUUCUUUAUUCACUUUCACCAUGCAUUGUUGGUUUAAGGAACAAAAACCGAACAUUGAGCUAUUUACACAAAUCGCUUCAUAUAAAUGGGCACAAUUAUUGGCUGGCACAGACACCGUCGAUACGUAUUAUGAUGAUCAUGAAUCGAAUGCCUCCGGUGAUUUCUUCAAAGUAAUAGAUCGUUUGUGGUUUUUCAUUUGCUUAAUUAUAUUUGUUACUUGUAUUGCUGUUGGAUAUUAAAAAUUGAUGAUAAUUACAAACAAACACGAUGAUUAUACAUGUAA